AUGUCUCUCGAAACACUCAACGUCCAUCCUCUCUCUGGAUACUCUUUCAUCGAAAGGGAAUCUCAACCUGAAGAAGAUAAUUCAGUUACUGCUCGACUCAAACGACUCGAAGAUCAGUAUGCUGAAUCAGGUAUAAGAAGAUCAGUUGAAGCUAUCAUGCUGGUCAAUGUUCACGACUUCCCUCACGUAUUGGUUUUGCAGGUUGCCAAUGCAUUCUAUAAGCUCCCCGGGGGAUACCUUGAUCCCGUCGAAUCCGACUCUUCUGGUCUUAUCACCCGACUCAACGAACAACUCGGUGUUCCCUUCACCCCGUCUCUCAUUCAUGCAGGUAAAAUGACUGAAGUGCAAGGAAUCACCACUCCCCUCAAUGGGAAUACCAAAAUCACCGGUGGCGACGGUACACUCUGGAUUAGUCCUGCAGGUGGAGAUUGGAAAGUCGGUGACCUGUUGGGUACCUGGUGGAGACCUAAUUAUGAUACUUUCUACUAUCCGUACAUCCCUGCUCACAUUUCUGAACCGAAAGAAUGUAAGAAGCUGUACUUGGUCAAACUCCCUCCUAACAAAACCUUCGCCGUUCCGGUCAAUAUGAAACUUCACGCUAUCCCUGUGUAUGAAUUUUACGAUAAUGCGGCUAGGUAUGGACCUCAAUUCGCUGGGAUCCCUUACAUCCUUAGCAAGUGA